AUGGCGAGAGUACUGGAAAACACAGAGCCAUUAGGCAGCGACACCAUUGUUGACGAGAGAGAGGAAACAAUGGUGUCCCUUACAGGAGGACAACCAACGUUGAGGAUGGCCAGAUUCCUCAAACCCAGCACAGGUUAUCCUGGUGAAGCCGUUCAAGUCCCCUCAGUUCCCCUCUUAUUUGAUACAGCGGCUUCUGGGCUCCCAAAAUGGCCUAUAAAGAUUGCUUUCAAAGGGUGGAGGUGGAGAAAUCCGCAGAAAUGGAAAGAAUGGAUCGAGGGUUUGCAUCCACAUUACGGAGACGUUUGGAAGGAUGUCGGUAUACACGAAGCAAUUAGGAGUUCUGCAUGUCAAAUUCGAAGAGAUGGUGAACUCAUACUCCGGUUAGUCGAGUUCUGGUGCCCAGAGACGAACACGUUUGUCUUCCCUUGGGGAGAAGCAACCAUUACGCUGGAGGACGUCUUUGUUCUUGGGGGAUUCUCGAUUCUAGGUGAAUCCGUAACAGGUAGCUUGCCGGAAGAGCUUGCAGCGAUAGGAGAAGAGAUGAACAAAGAGCGGAGGAAAUUUUCGAAAACAAAAGCAAGGAAAGCCAGCCACUCGGACUGGAUGAACUACUUUAUGGGUCGUGGGGGCGAAUCGGAACACGUAGCCUUUCUUUCCUUGUGGCUCUCUAAGUUCGUGUUCCCUGCGCCUCCCUUCAAGACCGUGAGCUCCGACGUGUUUCCGAUCUCAAUUCGUCUGGCCAAAGGCACCCCACUUGCUCUGGCUCCAGCCGUCCUGGCAAGCAUUUACCGGGACUUGCGUAUACUCAAGGAGCAAGUUUUAACUGCUGCUGCUUCCACCGAUUCGGCCGACGAGAGCAAAGAUGGUGUACCCUUUGCUGUUUGGGCUCCACUCCAACUAGUCCAGAUGUGGGCAUGGGAGCACUUUCCGGUUUUGCGACCGACACCAAAUCCCCUCAACCAAGGUAAGCCAAGAGCAGCCCAGUGGCAGGAUUUGAAAUCGGAAGUGGAACCUGAAACGGUGAGGUCGGUUAUUGCGAGCUUGCCUGAGAAUUUUCUGUGGCGCCCUUACGUCGCCAACCUUGUUAGUAAUUGGAAACCACCUUCCUUCUACAAGGAACAAGAGGGGUGGUUCUUGGAUUGCCCAGAUUUGAAUACAGAACUGCGAUCAUUCGCCCGCUGCUUGAAAGCUUGUGAGCUAGUGGGACUCAAGUGUAUAGAGCAGUAUCUUCCUCACCGGGUGGCAAUGCAGUUUGGGAUAGACCAAGAUCUUCCUGGUCGUUUCACUCGGUGCAAUGCAACGUGGGAAGACGCCUGGAGAACUUAUGACAACCCUCGAAGAUAUGCCAGGUUCUACAUUCCUGCGCGACUCUUCGAGUCGGAUGUCACCAUGAGAUAUCUCGAGUGGUGGAAGCAAAUGAAAAACCCACCACCACCUGAGAGAUCACCACAGAGGGAAGGGAAUACGGCAGAAAGCCCAUGCUCCUUUGAUGCAAUUGCAAAAUAUACUUCCAGACGUUACGGGUGGGGAAGACAAGACUGUGCUGAUGAAGAAAGCAGCAAAGAAGUACCCACACCUAUACGUGAUCUGGAAGCCCGAAUAGCUAAACUCGAGAGAAGUUAUGAUGAGCGUAUAGCCCAACUAAAGAAAUGCAUCCGCGGGUGA